AUGCAUAUCUGUGGAUAUGUUCCGCCUUGGCUCUGUCAGAUUCUCGCUUGCAUGGGAGGUUGUCUUGGAUGUUUCUCAAAGCCUCUUGAAAUCAUUUUGAUGGAUGAGGCAGAUGCAUCUAAGGAACUAAAAUAUCAAGCCCAAACAAUGGACAAAGACAACAGACCAGAAGAUUUUUGGAACAACAGUGCUAUUGAUGUGGAUCACAGUGCAACUCAAUCCCAGACAAGCAUCUCACCCAUCGUCGUGUCAAACCAUCCUUCUGAUCCUCAAAGUAGUGAUGCCAUUCAGACUGAUCCUCCAGAGUUUGUUAAUCAUGGUCUUCUUCUGUGGAAACAAAUACAACAACAGAGGUCAACAUGCUGUGAAUGUUGA